AUGUCGCCCGCAGCCUAUCACAGCAACGGGUAUCCUUCCCUUUACAAGGAACACCCAGCUUCCCAGAAAUCUGCUUCAACUGGUUGUUAUGACAACGGGAAACACUAUCAAAUCAACCAACAGUGGGAGCGAACUUACCUGGGCAAUGCUUUGGUUUGUACCUGUUACGGAGGAAGCCGAGGUUUUAACUGUGAGAGUAAACCUGAAGCUGAAGAGACCUGCUUUGACAAGUACACCGGGAACACUUACCGAGUGGGUAACACCUACGAACGCCCUAAAGACUCCAUGAUCUGGGACUGUACCUGCAUCGGGGCCGGGCGAGGGAGAAUUAGCUGCACCAUUGCAAACCGAUGUCAUGAAGGGGGCCAGUCCUACAAAAUCGGUGACACUUGGAAGAGACCGCAUGAGAGUGGCAGUUACAUGUUAGAGUGCGUGUGCCUUGGAAACGGCAAAGGAGAGUGGACCUGCAAGCCCAUAGCGGAGAAAUGUUUUGAUCAUGCUGCUGGGACUUCCUAUGCCGUUGGGGAGACCUGGGAAAAGCCCUACCAGGGCUGGAUGAUGGUGGACUGUACCUGUCUGGGGGAAGGCAGUGGGCGCAUCACCUGUACCUCUCGAAACAGAUGCAAUGAUCAGGACACCAGCACAUCCUACAGGAUUGGAGACACGUGGACCAAGAGGGAUCACCGGGGCUUCCUGCUGCAGUGCGUCUGCACAGGCAAUGGCCGAGGGGAGUGGAAGUGUGAGCGGCACGCCUCGGUGCAGACCGCGUCCUCCGGCUCCGGAGGCCCCUACACCGACGUCCGAACAGCCGUGUACCAGCCCCCUCCGCACUCGCAGCCCACUCUGUACGGCCACUGCGUCACGGACAGCGGCGUGGUGUACUCGUUGGGGAUGCAGUGGCUGAAGGCCCAAGGCAAUAAGCGAAUGCUGUGUACUUGUCUGGGCAACGGCGUUAGCUGCCAAGAGACAGCGGUCACGCAGACGUACGGUGGCAAUUCCAACGGGGACCCGUGUGUCUUGCCGUUCACCUAUAAUGGCAGGACUUUCUACUCCUGCACCACCGAGGGGCGUCAGGAUGGCCAUCUCUGGUGCAGCACGACUUCAAACUAUGAGCAAGACCAGAAGUACUCUUUCUGUACCGACCAUACUGUCUUGGUUCAGACGCGAGGUGGAAAUUCCAAUGGUGCCCUGUGCCAUUUCCCUUUCCUGUACAACAACCAUAACUACACCGACUGUACCUCCGAGGGCAGGAGAGACAACAUGAAGUGGUGUGGAACCACCCAGAACUAUGAUGCUGACCAGAAGUUCGGGUUCUGCCCCAUGGCUGCUCACGAGGAAAUCUGCACAACCAACGAUGGGGUCAUGUAUCGCAUUGGGGACCAGUGGGAUAAGCAGCACGACAUGGGCCACAUGAUGAGGUGCACCUGCGUCGGAAAUGGCCGUGGGGAAUGGACUUGCGUCGCCUACUCCCAGCUCCGAGAUCAGUGCAUUGUCGAUGACAUCACUUACAACGUGAACGACACCUUCCACAAGCGUCACGAGGAGGGGCACAUGCUGAACUGCACCUGCUUCGGCCAGGGCCGAGGCAGAUGGAAGUGCGACCCCAUUGAUCAAUGCCAGGAUUCAGAAACUCGGACAUUUUAUCAAAUUGGAGACUCAUGGGAGAAGCACGUGCAUGGUGUCAGGUACCAGUGCUACUGCUAUGGCCGCGGCAUUGGAGAGUGGCAUUGCCAGCCUUUGCAGGCCUAUCCAGGCUCGACUGGUCCGAUCCAAGUAAUCAUCACUGAGGGCCCCAGUCAGCCCAACUCUCACCCCAUCCAGUGGAAUGCACCAGAAUCAUCUCAUAUUACCAAGUACAUUCUCAGGUGGAAACCCAAAAAUACACAAACCCGUUGGAAGGAGGCGACCAUUCCUGGCCACUUAAACUCCUACGUCAUCAAAGGUCUGAGGCCAGGUGUAAUCUACGAGGGACAGCUCAUCAGUGUCCAGAAGUAUGGCCAACAGGAUGUCACACGCUUUGACUUCACCACCACCAGCACGAGCUCAUCUACGACCAGCAACACGGUGACCGGAGAGACGACACCCUUCUCUCCGUAUGUGACCACUUCUGAAUCUGUGACUGAAAUCACCGCCAGCAGCUUUGUGGUCUCGUGGGUCUCGGCUUCAGACACCGUGUCAGGAUUCCGGGUGGAAUAUGAGCUGAGUGAGGAGGGAGACGAGCCGCAGUACCUGGAUCUACCAAGCACCGCCACUUCUGUGAACAUCCCCGACCUGCUCCCUGGCCGGAAGUACAUCGUCAAUGUCUAUCAGAUCUCUGAAGAAGGGGAGCAGAGUUUGAUCCUGUCUACCUCACAGACAACAGCUCCUGACGCACCUCCUGAGCCUUCUGUGGGUCAGGUGAACGAUACCUCCAUUGUGAUGCACUGGAGCCGGCCUCAGGCACCCAUUACAGGCUACCGCAUCGUCUAUUCACCAUCAAUUGAAGGGAGCAGCACAGAGCUGAACCUCCCUGACACGGCCAGUUCCGUCACCCUCAGUGACUUGGAGCCUGGUAUUCAGUAUAACAUCACUAUCUACGCCGUGGAAGAAAAUCAAGAAAGUACUCCGGUGUUCAUCCAACAGGAAACCACUGGGAUCCCACGUGCAGGUCAAGUCCCCCCUCCCCAGGACCUGCAGUUUGUGGAAGUGACAGACGUGAAGGUCACCAUUAUGUGGACACCCCCACCGAGCACGGUGACUGGCUAUCGCGUGGAGGUGAUCCCCACCGAUCUCCCUGGGCAACAUGGGCAACGGCUCCCUAUCAGCAGGAGCACCUUUGCUGAGGUCAACGAUCUGUCCCCUGGGGUCACCUAUUACUUCAAAGUCUUUGCGGUGAAUCAAGGCAGGGAGAGCAAGCCUCUGACUGCCCAACAGACGACCAAACUGGAUGCUCCCACUCACCUUGAAUUUACCAAUGAAACGGACUCAAGUGUCCUGGUAAAAUGGAUCCCACCACGGGCGCAGAUAACUGGAUACAGACUGACCUUGGGCCAGACUCGGGGAGGCCAACCCAACCAGUACAAGGUGGGCCCGUCAGCCAGGCAGUACCCACUGAGGAAUCUGCAGCCUGGCACCGAGUACACGGUAAACCUUGUAGCUGUCAAAGGCAACCAGCAGAGCCCCCAAGCCACCGGAGUCUUUACUACUCUGCAGCCUCAAGGUUCUAUUCCACAUUACACCACAGAGGUGACUGAGACGACCAUUGUGAUUACCUGGACACCUGCGCCAAGGAUUGGUUUUAAGCUGGGUGUACGGCCGAGCCUGGGAGGGGAAGCACCACGAGAGGUGACCUCAGACUCAGGAAGCAUUGUGGUGUCUGGCCUGACCCCUGGCGUGGAAUACACUUACAGCAUCUCCGUCCUGAGAGAUGGGAAAGAAGGAGAUACGCCCAUUGUCAAUACAGUUGUGACAUCAUUGUCUCCACCAACCAACUUGCACUUGGAGGCAAACCCGGACAACGGGGUCCUCACUGUCUCCUGGGAGAGGAGUACUACGCCAGCAAUAGAAGUGCCCCAACUCACUGACCUAAGCUUUGUCGAUAUAACCGAUUCAAGCAUCGGCCUGAGGUGGACCCCGCUAAACUCUUCCACCAUUAUUGGGUACCGCAUCACAGUAGUUGCGGCAGGAGAAGGUAUCCCCAUUUUUGAAGAUUUUGUGGACUCCUCAGUGGGAUACUACACAGUUACAGGGCUGGAGCCGGGCAUUGACUAUGACAUCAGCGUCAUCACGCUCAUUAAUGGCGCCGAGAGUGCCCCUACUACACUGACACAGCAAACGGCCGUCCCUCCUCCCACUGACUUGAAAUUCACCAACAUCGGUCCAGACACCAUGCGCAUCACCUGGGCCCCACCUUCGUCUAUCGAACUGACCAACUUCCUGGUGCGGUACUCUCCCGUGAGGAACGAGGACGAUGCUGCGGAGCUGUCCAUCUCUCCUUCCGACAAUGCCGUGGUCUUAACAAAUCUCCUGCCUGGAACAGAAUAUUUAGUCAGUGUCUCCAGCGUCUAUGAACUGCACGAGAGCACUCCGCUGAAAGGAAGGCAGAAGACAGGUCUUGAUUCCCCAACUGGCGUUGACUUUUCUGAAAUCACUGCCAACUCUUUCACUGUCCAUUGGAUGUCUCCGAGAGCCACCAUCACUGGUUACAAGAUCCGCCAUUAUCCCGAGCACACGAGCGGCCGACCUCGGGAAGAUAGAGUGCCUCCCUCUCGGAAUUCCAUCACCCUCACCAACCUCCUACCGGGCACGGAGUAUGUGGUCAGCAUCACGGCUCUCUCCGGCAGAGAAGAAAGUCCCCGCUUGGUUGGCCAACAAUCAACAGUUUCUGAUAUGCCGAGGGACCUGAAAGUUAUUGCCACAACCCCCAACAGCUUGCUGCUCAGCUGGGAAGCUCCUGCCGUCACGGUGAGGUAUUACAGGAUCGCCUACGGAGAAACAGGAGGAACUAGCCCCGUUCAGGAAUUCACAGUGCCUGGGAGCAAGUCUACAGCCACCAUCACCGGCCUUAAACCUGGAGUAGAUUACACCAUCACCUUAUACGCUGUCACUGGCCGUGGGGACAGCCCAGGGAGCAGCAAGCCUGUUUCCAUUGAUUACCGAGCAGAAAUAGGCAAGCCCUCCCAGAUGCAAGUGACUAACGUUAAGGACGACAGCAUUAGUGUCAGAUGGCUGCCUUCAAGUUCCCCUGUAACCGGUUACAGAGUGACCACCGCUCCCAAAAAUGGCCAUGGACCAUCGAAAACCCAAACUGCAGGCCCAGAUCAAACAGAAAUGACCAUCGAGGGCCUGCAGCCCACAGUGGAGUAUGUGGUUAGUGUCUACGCUCAGAAUAAAAAAGGAGAGAGUCAGCCUUUGGUUGAGACUGUAGUCACCAGCAUUGAUCGCCCUAAAGGACUGGCAUUCACUGAUGUGGAUGUCGAUUCCAUCAAAAUUGCUUGGGAAAGCCCACAGGGGCACGUUUCUAAGUACAGGGUGACCUACUCGAGCCCUGAGGAUGGAAUCCAUGAGCUAUCCCCUGCACCUGACGGUGAAGACGACACUGCAGAGCUGCAAGGCCUCAGGCCGGGUUCUGAGUACACCGUCAGUGUGGUUGCCUUGCACGAUGAUAUGGAGAGCCAGCCCCUGACUGGAACCCAGUACACAGCCAUUCCUGCACCAACCGAUCUGAAGUUCACUCAGGUGACACCCACAACUGUGAGUGCCCAGUGGGUAGCACCCAAUGUUCAGCUCACUGGAUAUCGAGUGAGAGUGACCCCCAAGGAGAAGACUGGACCGAUGAAGGAAAUCAACCUUGCUCCUGACAGUACAUCCGUGGUAGUAUCGGGACUCAUGGUGGCCACCAAAUACGAAGUCAGCGUGUACGCGCUUAAGGACACCCUCACAAGCAGACCGGCUCAAGGCGUCGUCACCACUCUGGAGAAUGUCAGCCCUCCCAGACGGGCCCGGGUGACAGACACAACGGAGACCACCGUCACCAUUAACUGGCGAACCAAGACCGAGACCAUUACUGGCUUCCAGGUCAACGCCGUCCCAGCCGGCGGCCAGACUCCCAUUCAGAGAACCAUCAGUCCAGAUGUCCGAAGCUACACCAUCACAGGUCUGCAGCCCGGCACUGACUACAAGAUCUACCUGUACACGCUGAAUGACAAUGCCAGGAGCUCACCCGUGGUCAUUGACGCCUCCACAGCCAUCGAUGCACCAUCUAACCUGCACUUCCUGGCCACUACGCCCAAUUCCCUACUGGUGUCAUGGCAACCACCUCGUGCCAAGAUUACUGGCUACAUCUUCAAGUAUGAGAAGCCUGGAUCCCCUCCCAGAGAAGUGAGCCCUCGGCCCCGGCCUAGUGACACGGAGGCUACUAUCACUGGUCUGGAGCCAGGAACCGAGUACACAGUCUACAUCAUUGCUCUGAAAAACAACCAGAAGAGUGAGCCGCUGAUCGGGAGGAAAAAGACAGUUGAAAAGACCCCCUUCAUCACCCAUCCCGAGUAUGUCAAUGGAAAUGGUAUUCAGCUUCCUGGCACUUCCAGUCAGCAGCCCAGUGUCGGGCAACAAGCGAUCCAUGAAGAGUAUGGUUUUAGGCGGACCACACCACCCACCACGGCCACCCCUGUUAGGUGGCCAAGACCAUACCCGCCGAAUGUAGGACAAGAGGCUCUCUCGCAGACCACCAUCGCGUGGACCCCAUUCCAGGAAAGUUCUGAGUACAUCAUUUCCUGUCAGCCAAUUGGCACUGAGGAUGAACCCUUACAGUUCCGAGUUCCUGGAACUUCAACUAGUGCCACGCUGACGGGCCUCACCAAAGGGGUCACCUACAACAUCAUAGUGGAGGCUGUGAAAGACCAGCGGAGGCACAAGGUUCGCGAGGAGACUGUGACUGUGGGCAGCUCUGCCAAUGAAGGCCUGGCCCCAAACAUGGACGAAAUGUGCUUCGACCCCUACACGGUCUCCCACUACACCAUCGGAGAGGAGUGGGAGCGUUUGUCUGACUCUGGCUUUAAGCUCUCGUGCCAGUGCUUAGGCUUUGGCAAUGGUCACUUCAAAUGUGACUCAUCUAAGUGGUGCCACGACAAUGGUGUGAACUAUAAGAUUGGCGAGAAGUGGGAUCGGCAAGGGGAUAAUGGGCAGAUGAUGAGCUGCACGUGUCUUGGAAACGGAAAAGGAGAAUUCAAGUGUGAUCCCCAUGCAGCUUCGUGUUACGAUGACGGGAAGAUGUACGUUGUAGGGCAACAGUGGCAGAAGGAAUACCUCGGGGCCAUCUGCUCCUGCACCUGCUUCGGAGGCCAGCAGGGUUGGCGCUGUGACAACUGCCGCAGACCUGGGCCUGCAGCUGGCCCCGAGGGCUCCAGAGGCCCUUCCUACAGCCAGUAUUCCCAGCGGUACCCUCAGACGAACACUAACGUCAACUGCCCGAUUGAGUGCUUCAUGCCUUUAGACAUACAGGCUGACAGAGAUGACUCCCGAGAAUAGUGUUACCAACCCAGAGGAACAAGCCGCAUCUCUGUCCAGAGCCACCCAAGCUGGAGUGGAGUUCCUGUUUGCUUCUUUCUUAAGCCCUUUGCUCUGCAGUGACCUCUCCAGCUUCAGCUCCACUAACAGCUUCUCCAAGCCUCACCCUGGGAGUGUUUUGAGACUUUUCUGGUGAACGAGGGUGGGGAGGUUGCCCGCUCUGCUCCAAAGUGUUCGAUUCCACUCAGCGUUCUGAAAGAAAUGAUUCUAUCUUGUGGUGUGGUUGGAGAUCCAUCCGGAAGCCCAGGCGGCCCACCAAGAUGCAAAUUGUACUGAAAUGAUGUGACCAAAAAGUUAAGUAGGAAAGUUACCCAAACACUUCCGCUUUCACUGAUCCGCCUGGCCCGCAACACUAUUGGAACGCCAUGUCCUUACUCCUGUGACCUUCAAACAUGCACAGUGCUCAUCUUUCCCCAGAUGAUUCUAGUAAUUGCCUAGAAAUAUUCUCGUACCUGUUAUUUAUCAAUUUUUCCCAGUAUUUUUAUAUGGAAAAAAUUGUACGGAAGACAUUUAGUAUACAGUUGAUAAGAAAUUUGGUAUAAUUAUGGUUGGUGAUUAUUUUUAUACUGUACGUGCCAAAGCUUUACUACUGUGGGAAGACAACUGUUUUAAUAAAAGAUUUACAUUCUACCA